AUGGAUGUUGGACAAGAAGAGGGAGAGGAGGUAGAGGAGGAAGAAAAAGAGUUGGAGGAGGACGAUGUGAUUGAAGUGGUAGAUGAAGAGGUGGAGACGGUUAUAAAGCAGACAGAAGAGGUGUCACCACCCUCUCUUGACCUCAGUUCUCCUGAGCAGAUUCCCAUCCAAAAUCCUCCCCCCAUCCAGAACACUCCUCCCGUCCAGAGGCCCGUGCUGAGCAGAGUGAACUGUGUCCUGGACCAGCAGUUCAGCGACUUCUCUACAGAGAUGCAGAUCCUCCUGCUCAGAGAGAGUGUCCACUACAGCUCCCCACUGAUCCCUAGCCAGAGUCCUCCAGGCCAUCCCCCCAUCCUGCCCUUUUCUGAGUAUGUCUCCUUCUACAACUCCUCCCCGCCUAUGCAGGACUACGUCAGCUCCCUGAGAGACCGCAUGGGCACCGUCAUAGACACACAGGAGCAAUGGAUUCCUAGCAUGGUGGCCACUGACUCUCCCCUGGUCUUUUCUAACAAUAACCACCACCAUGCUAGCCACGUUCAUAGAACUACAUACAACUGGUACCCUUCUUCUCGUGGCCCUGUUUCUCACUCUGUCCCCAGCCCUCACCCUCCGUCCCUGUCUGCCCCUGGUCGUGCUAGUUCAGACUCUUACAGUUCUCUACCCGUGUCUCAUUCUGUCCCCAACUGCCACUCUCCUGCCUCUCCUUCUGGCCCCGGCCUUAACCUUGCUAGUUCAAACACUUACAGUUCUUUAUCAGUUUAUCAGUUUCCCUCAGCUGUGUCUCAGUUUAAUAGUAAUAAUAACAAUCAUGUUAUUAUUCGCUCUUCAUCCUUCCCCGGUCCUGGCACUGCCUCUCCUUUUACCCCUCCCCUCUACAACAACCCAGCCCAGACAGAGCUGCCUCUAUCUCAGCUGCACUCUGGUCUAGCGCCCCUCCCCAUCCAACCACUGGCACUGGGCAACCAGUGGAUAACAAGAGCGCAAACAACAGAGAACCCGGACUCAGACUGCCGAGAGCAACUGGGAACGUGCAAGCCAAGUGCUAUGUCAACCACGACAAAGAACACCGACUUAGAUGCUCGAGGGCUACGGGGAAAGUGUAAGGCACAAACGAGUGCAAAGUUUCAAUCAAAAGACAAUGUCAUAAUUGUUGAUCCUCCGAUUUCAGAAGCCACCAUGGUGGCUCCACAUCAUUUCACUCAGAUGAUUGAGAGUUCUUCAGGGGUGGGAGGGCCUUUCCCAAGCUCAGGGCCAGAUCCACCUGCACCCAUCAGUAGUCUAAUUAGCCAGCUGAAACCUGAGCUGUUCAGUACCCUGGUGAAGAUUAUAAAAGAUGUCCAGAAGAAAUCUGUCCAGUUCUACAUCCACCAUAUUAAGGAGUACAUCCAGAGAUUGGGGAACAUAGAACACAGUCCUGAGAGUUUCUUGGAAAGAGAGAACCGUUUGGAAAAGUAUGGUUCUCAUGCAGAACAAGGAAAUCACAGCUCACGUUCGUAAGGUAACUGCUCACUGUAUUUUGGAAUGGCAGAUCACAGGGCAGCUCAGGAGAACAGGCUUUGGUGGACGGUGAGGCUGCAAGCAGGGGAAAAGGUGAGUUUGUAAGACAGCUGUUUGUCUACUGCUAAUUACAAAUACAACUCAAAAUAAACAUAGAAAAAAGGCUAAAUAUACAGAUUCUUAUUGAAUCAUUCUUAGUGGCCUACAUGAGGCUAACUUGUGACAUGUAACUGUUUGCAGUUAACCAUUUAGCUGUGGUCAAGUAACUAACAGUUCCACUUACUGAAUGUAUUGAGAUGAUGUGAAGAGGGCCAAAACAGAUCAAGGCAUGAGGCUGAGAGCUGUUGCAUGGGCAAGAGGCUGAGAGCUGUUGCAUGGGCAAGAGGCUGUGAGCUGUUGCAUGGGCAAGAGGCUGAGAGCUGUUGCAUGGGCAAGAGGCUGAGAGCUGUUGCAUGGGCAAGAGGCUGAGAGCUGUUGCAUGGGCAAGAGGCUGAGAGCUGUUGCAUGGACAAGAGGCUGAGAGCUGUUGCAUGGACAAGAGGCUGACAGCUGUUGCAUGGACAAGAGGCUGAGAGCUGUUGCAUGGACAA